UCUCUUGGUUCAGUUUAGCCUUUACGAAUAGACUUGAAUUAUUGAGAACUGUAGCAGAGGGUCCAAAGCCCCUGUAAAGGAGGAUGGUUGCAACAGCUCUUAACCAUGGCUGUUGCGUAAAAUCCAAUGGUUAAAACCCCUAAGCUAAGGUGUUAUGCGACCCGUGCCGAUGGAUGACGUGGUGGGGGGGUUUAAGAAAUACCCAGCCUCUAACGGAGCCUGUGGAGUACCAGGGCACCCUUCACAGUAAUUAGCCCUUACUGCAUCACGCGGGUCACUGAUGCAGCGGACUCUUCUUUACCCAGCGACUCGUGGGAAUUUUAUGAACGACAAAACUUCACAAAAUUCGGCCACCGGCAGCCUUUCUUUGCCAUCGGAGCGUAGUCCAAUAAAAACAAACGCACCGGGCAGAACGGAGGAGAUGGAGCAUGAGGAUGAUUUCAACCUCGACAGCGAAUCGCUGGACGGAGGACCCUCGGCUUCAUCCUUAAUCCUACUUUCUCCACAAGGGAAUGACGAAAGUCAAAUGGACUUAGUUCCCGGUCCACAGACAAGGCCCGAUGACGAAGGGAAACCCGAAUCAUCGGCACCCCUUGUCAAGCGACUUUCAAAUGCGCAAAGGCGGCGACUGAGCAAAAAUCUUCGCUCCGGUCUCUCGUACGAAGAAGCCAGGAAGCUGGCCCUCCUUCCAACAGAGCAGCCUGCUCAAUCGAACCAAGUUGCCGUCAAGCGACAGCGGUCGGACGACUUGGUAUCACCAAACACCAGUACUAAGUGUCCACAGCCUAAAAAACUGCGGAACGGCACUGGUUUGGGGUCAUCGGGUUCGAAGCCGCUCCCGAAGGCCACAUAUAGGGACAUGGUGGGAGCUAUAAGCCUUGCGGUUACUUCUGCUACCCACCCCAGCUCCCUACUCACAACGGACCAGCUUCAGGCUGUCCGGACCUCCAUCCUCGAUCACAUUGCGGACCAGGAAAAUCCAACCACCAAGCCCAAGUUUAACGGUUGCCAUCUAAAAAAUGGCUUCCUGCAACUUGCCUGUGCCGACAGCGACACAGUGCAGUGGUUGGAAAGGGAGGUACCUUCUCUCGUACCAUGGGAGGGAGCACAACUUCGUGUAUACCACAUGAAGGAUCUGCCGAAGGCCAGACGGUAUGUCGGUUACUUCGCGGACAGUGCGAACUCUCCGGACGAGAAGAUUCUUCGUUCACUCCAGAAUCAGAACGACCAUCUCUCUACCAAAAUGUGGCGAGUCUGUAACCGCAAAUUGGUAAAGACCUUGGUCGAACUAGUUCUGGAUAUUGACGAAGAAUCGGCCAAACUCGUUGAGAGUAGAAAUUAUGAACUGCACUACGGUUUCGGCAAAGCAGGCAUCCGAAAGGUAAGCGGAAGGCCGAACGUCACAGGCGGGAAAGACUCCGUCGCAAUGUCAGGGAAGGUACGUGCGGGUAACUCCUCCGGGAGUACUCUGCCACCACCCAGGCAAAACGAUCCUGCGAAUGGGCUAAAGGUUCGCGUGGGAAACUCCUCCGGGAGUGCCCCACAACCACCCAAACGCAACCCUGCGAUUGGGAAGGUACGCGCAGGAUGCUCCCCCGUGAGUGCCCUGUCACCACCCAAAAAACGCAACCCCGCGGCUGCUCGGACGGUUCCGCCGAAGACUCGCAAGAGUGUGAAGCAUCAACCACCGAAAAGUCGCACCCCCCGGAGUCAAAAACCGCCACAGUGUGCGCGACGACCUUCUGUUGCCAAUCGACUGCUGCAACCGAAGCCGAACAGUGAGGAAGAGCAACUUCCAUCAACCAGCCAAACCGCUGUUGGCAGCCGUCAGCCAAUACCAGGAUCAUCUUCCGAUCCGGACAAAGACGGCAACUUCACUGCAAAGUGAGCAGCCUUCGCUGCGUGCAAGCGAAUCUCCAUCACGCAAAAGGCGCCUCGGGUGUUCUUUGCAGGAGAUUCGCCAAAGAGCAGCUAGCGGCUGCUUUCAUCCAGGAGCCGUGGAUCAACGAAUCCAAAGUUCUCGGACUUAACGCUCCUAACGAAUUUAUCCAACGCGACGUCGUUGCCGUCACGGUUGAAGUACCGACAACCAGAGGAAAGCAGGAAAUGGUUGUCGCGUCGGCCUACUUCCCGGGCGACCAAGGUGAUAUACCGCCACCCGAAGUUGCUGCGCUCGUGCGGUACUGCAAGGCCAUCAACAAGCCGUUUCUGAUCGGCUGCGAUGCCAACGCUCACCACACGAUCUG